CUUAAAACGCCUAAAACUUUUCCCCUUUGCGUAUCAUAGAACACGAGGUGACCUUAUAUUGGCAUCUCGUAUCUUUAAUUACGAUAUGAGUGUUAAUAUGUCCUAUCUUUUUGACUUUCUGGCAAUUAUAAUCUUUGGGGUUAUAGCAAGAAGGUUCAGAAACUGCGAUCUAAUGGACAUAAAGUGAGGUUCCGCUUUUCUCAUUGAGUUGUCAAUGACUAGAACGCCUUGCAUGAACAAGUGGUGUCAGCCACAUCAGUAAACGUUUAAAGGAGAAUCUGAACUUUAACUGGAAAGCAAAAUGUCAUGAUUAACACAUGUCCAACAGACCAUUAUCCUUAUUACUGAAUACUAAGAACUGAGGUUUGAAAUUUCCAAGAGCGCUAUUUCGUAUGUGUGAGUUACGUGCCUGCAGUUAGUUGUAUCAUGGAAUCAGCUGAGACAAAGCCAAAGAAAUUAAACAAACCAAAAGACACACCUUUUCACCAGCAACGUCUCAAGUCAUGGAGACCGAUCCUAACUGCUAGAAAUGCGUUUCCAAUAUUUCUCACUAUUGGGUUAUUAUCUAUACCAGUGGGUAUAGUUUUACUUACAUUCUCUAAUAGCGUCUCAGAAGUUGUUGUGGAGUAUACUCACUGCGAAGAUACCGUACGCCAUACACGAUGUUCUGAGUUGGUCAGACUUCCUGAUUUCUAUAGAACAUAUAAUAUAUGUUCAUGCAAAGUCGAAUUUGAACUUGAGGAAGAAUUCAAGGGUCAAGUGUAUUUUUACUAUGGCCUGUCAAAUUUCUUCCAAAACCAUCGCCGCUAUGUCAUAUCAAAGGAUGAUUACCAGUUACAUGGUUCAGUAGAAACUCCAAAAGCAAGUUGUGAACCGUAUCGAUUUGAUCCGAGUGGAAAAGUCUACGCCCCCUGUGGAGCUAUUGCAAUGAGUUUAUUCAAUGACUCGUUUACUCUAACAUAUCUUGGAAAAAGCUCCGAACCCCUUGCUAAACCAUUACAAGUUCCAAUGACCAAUAAGGGAAUCGCUUGGCGUACUGAUGUUGAAGAAAAGUUUGGUAAACCACCAGCUGAUUCAUGGGCUAACACAGUAAAACCACUUAGUUGGAAAAAGUCAGCUCUUGAACGCUCAUCUGGUGCAUAUAGCGAAGAUGAAGAGUUAUUAGUAUGGAUGCGUGUUUCAGCACUACCGACAUUUCGUAAAUUAUAUCGUCUAAUCACUCAUGUCAACGCUUUUUCAAACGGUCUGCCAGCUGGAAUUUAUAGUGUUAAUAUUGAGUACUGUGAGUACUGAUUUACUUUUACUUAUCUCAACGUGACUGAUAUGUUUUUCGUCAGUUAAAUCCUCUCAGUCAAGAGAAAUUUAGUUUCAUAUGCUCAAGGCUACAAUUUUUCUUGAUUCAUCUGAUGUAAUAGUCUUACUUUAUGGUCCUUGUUGAUAAGCUGACUGUCUAAAUGGCAGCUGGAUCUUAGAUACGACAGUAAUGCUCGGUAGAGUCAUAUCAAAUCCCAUAUAAGAAGGUUAUAGGUCACUCUCUUUAUCUUUUGCUUAUCUUUUCUGAAUUAUUGUAAUUUUGUGUUGUUUUUGGCCAUUUUGCUAACCCAUUUUUCUGAAGGAUGGUAAGAACAAAACCUUUGGAUCCGUAACAAGAGUAAUUUCAUUAAAUUAGAACAAAUAAGCUUGAAAUGGAAGAUGAAUUUGUUUUAUUUUAAAGCUUCUUACCUGCAAACCGUCUCACAUGGCAACGAAAUUGUCAUAAGUAAUACUUAUGGAUUUAUGCAUUAAACAUACGAAUUUAUUUAUAGUUAUAAAAUAGUAAUUUGACUACGCGUAGAAAACAAAAUUUGUCAACUACAAUUGAAAACAAGUAAUAAUGUAUAUGAGUUAAAAAAUGUGAUCGUUAAAGGAAUGCACAAAUGGUUGUAGAAGAAAGAAGCCCUAAUAGACUGAAAGAUUAUAUAGUUUCUCUGAGUUAUUUAAAAAAAAACUUGCGAGGACAAACCAGUAAUAUUAAUCUGGUAAUUGGAAAUAAAUUAAUUGGGUAGUGUAGGUUUUGUCAUGUUUUUCUCUUUGGAAAGGUCGAACUAAAGGAUUCCUCAAAACUCAAUAGAAUUGGCAUCUUUCGUUCCUUUGGUAUUGUAAUUGGUUAAGACGUAUCUGUUUACUGACCGAUGUUCAUCGGAUGCCUUGGGAUCGCACUAGGAAAAGAUCUUGUUUCUAUUCAAGAUCUUAGAUUCGGUCGACAGUAGGUAACGCAAAAUCUGACAUAUAUGAAUUGGCCCGAAUUAUCACACCACAUCAACACACUAAGAUGAGUACUAAGUCAUAAGUAGUAUCAGUUAUGAUAAAAGCAAUUAGGCAUAACGAAUACGAUUCAAGAAGGAUGAACUCAGAGUAUAAAACAUAUAAUAUAACUUUUGCAUCCAGGAUCUAGAGAUGGACAGUGAAUAAAUCUGCACCGUUGCGACGGAUUCUGAGCAACAUCAUCCAACAUAUAUACGAAAUCGUCACAAUAAUCAUUCAUAUAUUCCGUAAAGGAUAGUAAACACCCACUCAAACGUUCCAGAUCAACAGUCAGUGACUUCAUGUACUGAUGCCGACUUAAAUACCUUCGUUUAACUUUUUUACUUAUUACCCUCUCUAAGUCUGUGUAAAUUGGGAAAUAUAGUUACCGGGCACAUGAGCAUAAUACCAGGGUAGGAAGUAUAUGGUAUCGCAAAACGCGACGAACAUGAUAAGAGGGGAACUUCUCACUAGGUUUUUUUCCUGUCAAUCAUCUUAGAUACAUAAAAUUACUGGAAUACCAGAUGAAUCAAAAUUGGUUUAUUCUCAACUGUCAAAUAUUAGGGAUUUUAAUAUAUCCAUUGUAUUGUUUCAUUAUAAACUUGUUGGUGUCAUUUGUCCAUCCCAGACUUAAAUCCGUGAAGUCAUAAUUAUUAUACUUCACAGUAAAAAUUACUCUGAAAUAGAUCUGGCCACUAAUAUCAAACAAGGAUGAUGGUCUGUGGCUAAAGCAAGAACUUAAUUCAUUAGGCUAUGGUUAUUGUCUAACAUGGAUCAUAACAACAUUUACUUUUGUAGACCCAAGACUUAAUAAUAACACCAUCUCAAGAUGUGGUUGAUUGAUAAAUGAACUGAAACACUUUUUAAGAGUAAUAUUUGCGACUUUUUCUUCGGCAAUACAGGCACAUGGCACCAUAGUAAGCCCAAUGAAUUUUUUCUAUUAUUUCUCUACUUGUUGUAAUCUAGAUAUUUAACUCACUAUGUAAAAUUGUCAGAGUCUGAUUGGAUGCAUGUCUGUAUAUCAAUGUUAUCCAUCUUUCCAUUGGUUGUUUACACAAGCAAUCAAUAACUUAUCUAUAUUCGAUCAACACCCUUAAGCAUCAUAUGAAUUUUCUUGACACUCAUUUCUUUUUUAUGCGUGCUUGCGGAUUUUAGUAAUUAUUAACAGUAUACUUUCUUUACAACUGGUGUUCUGGCUUUUGAAUAUCCUCGAGUAAAUUAAUAAUACUACUAAGGGAUUCGGCCCGUUUUAAAUACUCAGUUAACGAGGCAUUAUUUAUUUGAGUCAAAUAGAGAGGAAUUAAAUUCUACAGGGUAUUGUUAAACAGAAUGAAGGACUCCGUAGACGCCCAGCUUCGAGACCAAUAGGCUGGGUUCCGUAAGGAUCGAUCAUUUGCAGACCAAAUCGCAACUCUACGGAUCAUCGUGGAACAAUCAAUUGAAUGGGAUUCAUCACUCUACAUCAACUUCAUUGACUACGAGAAAGCCUUUGAUAGCGUGGACAGGACAACACUAUGGAGGAUUCUUCGACACUACGGCCUGCCUGCCUGAGAGGAUAGUCAAUAUCGUACGGAAUUCCUAUGAUGGAUUAAAAUGCAAGAUCGUUCAUGGAGGACAGUUGACAGACUCGUUCGAGGUAAAGACCGGUGUCAUGCAAGGUUUCUUACUCUCACCCUUUCUCUUUCUCCUGGUGAUCGUCUGGAUUAUGAAGACGUCAACAUGUGGGGAGAAGAACAGGAUACAAUGGACAGCUAGGAUGCAGCUGGACGAUUUAGACUUCGCAUACGAUCUGGCUCUUCUACCACACACACACACACGCCAUCAUUCAGAAGACACAAGUGCUUGUUAGCAGUUGUCUACGCAUAUACUUCGGAUCCGUUGGUCAGACACUAUCAGCAACAACCUAAUGUGGUAGAGAACAAACCAGAUUUCAGCGGAGGAAGAAAUCAGGAAGAAGCGCUGGAAGUGAACAGAACACACAUUGAGGAAAUCACCCAACUGCAUCACAAGGCAAGCCCUCACAUGGAAUCCUGAAGGCCAAAGGAAAAGAGGAAGACCAAAGAACAAAGUACGCCGAGAAAUGGAGACAGACAUGAGAAGAAUAAAAAAGUUGGAUAGAAUUAGGAAGGAAGGCUCAUAAAAGAGUGGGUUUGAGAAUGCUGGUCGGCGGCUUAUGUUCCUUUGGGAGUAACAGGCGUAAGUAAGCUUCUACAGCACUAUGUACAGAUCAUUCCAAUAGGUUCAUUUAUUUUUAUAUCCAUAAGCAACCAGUUAACAUUAAACUUUACUACAAAAUUUUCAAGUAUUUUAUUUCUGGCAAGUAAAAUCAUUUGAUUCUGAAGAUAUAUUUUUUAUAUUUGCGUUUUACAAAUUUAUCAAAAGAUUGCAUUCAAGUUCAUGUUAUUCCCCAGAUUUACUUCUGCUUGUUUUUAAUGUAUAUCCAGCUUAUCCCGUCACUCAAUUUGGUGGCACUAAACGAAUUAUACUGUCUACUAUGAGUUGGUUAGGUGGCCGAAAUCCAACAUUAGGAAUAUCCUAUAUUGUUACGGGCAGUGUGGGUCUUAUUUUAGGUCUCAUAUUUUUCAUUCUUCACUUUCAUACAAUGAAGCAUCGAUAACCUAGCGCUCGUAAAUAUCAAACAAUUUUUCGUACGAAAACUUGUUAAUCAUUCCAUAAGAUGUGAAGUGCCUUUUAGUGAUAUAUUUUGAAGGACCCUUUAUGAAGUAUUUUUUAUUUUUAACUUUUAUUUAUUGAAUUAGUAAUAUUCACUCCUUUAAAAACAAACAUAUGAGUUUUUACUUUUAAAUGUGAUAUUUCCCAGAUUUUUGGUAUAAUAUACUGUUAUUAUAUAUGUGUUUCAAUUGGCUUUUUUGUCGGAUAAUUUGCUAUACCGUAGACAUACUUUUAAAUGUGAUAUUUCCCAGAUUUUUGGUAUAAUAUACUGUUAUUAUAUAUGUGUUUCAAUUGGCUUUUUUGUCGGAUAAUUUGCUAUACCGUAGACAUAC